GGGAAUACAAACAAAAUGUGAAAAUGAAUUCUUCUACCAAACUCCCCAACAAAUGUCACAAAAAUGUCUAUAGAUAAUUACAAAGCCACUACAAAAAGCUUCAAAAACACCCCAUUCUUUUAAGUCAACAAUGACAAACAUUAACACCAAACAACACAAUUUUCACCUAUGUUCUCGUUCCUUCUUCUUUCUAUUUUCACAAAUUCUUUUACCAAUUCUUGCAACACCAACACCAAUUGAUACAAUCACAAUUACAAAUCCUCUAACAAUACACAAAACUUUAGUCUCUAAACAAAACAAGUUUGAACUUGGAUUCUUCAGUCCAGGUGGUCCAAAUUCAGACAAAUGGUAUGUCGGAAUUUGGUACAAAGAGAUCAAAGAGACAACGAUUGUUUGGGUUGCUAACAGGGAAAAACCAGUUACCAAUUCAUCAACAUCGUCUUCAGCUGUUAUGAAAUUCAACUCAAAUGGUAAUCUUGUGAUAAAUGACGAGCAUGGUAAUUCUGUAUGGUCUUCAGAUAUAUCAGAUGAUAUAUCUGAAGACCAUACGAAUGCUACAUUUGUAGCUCAGUUGUUGGAUACAGGUAACUUCAUCGUUCUAUCAAAGAACGAUGAGAAAGUACUGUGGCAAAGUUUUGAUUAUCCUUCAGAUACAUUGUUACCAGGGAUGAAACUUGGUUGGGAUUCGAAAACAAGAUUAAACAGGAAUAUUACGUCGUGGAAGUCACAGUUUGAUCCAGCUCCUGGAAAUUAUACAUUUAAACUUGAUGUUAAUGGUUUGCCUGAAGCUUAUUUGACAAAUAGAGAUGUGAUUUUUUAUAGAAGUGGACCUUGGAAUGGAGUUGGAUUUAGUGGUGUACCUGAAAUGAAACCUACUGAGGUUAUAACUUUUGAGUUUCAGAUGAAUAAAGAUGAAGUUUACUAUACAUUCGAGGUCCUCGACAAGAAAAUAUGUUCAAGAUUGUUAGUGAAGCACAACGGUUUAUUAGAGAGGUACACUUGGAUUCCGACUAGUAACAUUUGGAAUAAAUUCUGGUACGCACCAAAAGACCAGUGUGAUUCUUACGAAGAGUGUGGUGUUUCUGGAAUUUGUAACGCGAAUCUUUCCCCGGUGUGCAAAUGUUUAGUGGGCUACAAGCCCAAAAAUCAAGUGGCAUGGGAUUUAAGAGAUGGAUCAGAUGGAUGUGUUAGAUAUCAUGAUUUGGAUUGUGACACUGAUGUUUUUAACAAAUUGAGAAACAUGAAAUUGCCCCAAAGUUCAAGUUCAUUUGUUGAUACUAAAAUGAAUUUGGAGGAAUGUGAAAAAUUGUGUAGGUACAACUGUUCAUGCACAGCGUACACCACUGCGAACAUUACGGGCACUGGUUCGGGUUGUGUCAUUUGGACAAAGGAAUUAGUCGACAUGCGGCAAUAUUCGGCAGCAGAAGGUGGACAAAUUCUUUACGUUAGAGUUGCUUCUUCUGAUGCUGCAAAAAGUGGAAAUGUGGGAUCUGAAAAUGGUUCUGGCAAGACAAAAAGAAUUGCUAUGGCUACUGGAAUCACAGCUGGUGUUGUUAUUGUGCUAAUUGGAGUAAUAAGCAUUUGCUUCUUCUCAAAGAGAGAGAAAUUAUUGCAAGGUCCAAUACGAAAAAAAUCAGACCAAAGAGGCCCUAUUGAAAGAAGCCAAGAUCUUCUAGUGAACACAGCUAUUAUUCCAAGUAAGAGAGAAAUAUCUGGUGAAACAGUUGCAGAUGAGUUUGAAUUGCCAUUAUUUGAUCUCAGUACCUUAGCUGUGGCUACAGAAGAUUUUUCUGAUGCAAACAAGUUAGGACAGGGCGGUUUUGGUUGCGUUUACAAGGGAAUAAUAGAUGAUCAAGAAAUAGCAGUGAAAAGGCUGUCAAAGAACUCAGGCCAAGGAAUAGAGGAAUUCAAGAAUGAGCUAAGAUUGAUUGCAAGACUUCAGCACAGAAACCUCGUUCGCCUUCUUGGAUGUUGCGUUGAGAUGGAAGAAAAAAUGUUGAUAUACGAAUACUUGGAAAAUAAAAGCUUGGAUUCAAUCUUGUUCAAUAAGCAAAAUAGCUUGUUGCUUGAUUGGCAAAGGCGAUUCAGCAUUAUCUGUGGAAUCGCACGGGGGCUUCUGUAUCUUCAUCAAGAUUCAAGGUUUCGGAUUAUUCAUAGAGAUCUAAAAGCAAGCAACAUUCUCCUUGAUAAAGAACUGAACCCCAAAAUAUCAGAUUUUGGCAUGGCAAGAAUUUUCGGAGGCGAUGAAACCGAAGGAAAUACAAAGAGAGUCGUUGGAACCUAUGGUUACAUGUCUCCUGAAUAUGCGAUGGACGGUUUAUUCUCUGUUAAAUCCGAUGUUUUCAGCUUCGGAGUUUUAGUGUUGGAAAUAGUAACAGGGAAGAAGAAUAGAGGAUUUUAUUUACAGAACAACCAAAGAAACCUUCUUGGCCAUGCAUGGAAACUAUGGCGAGAGGGAAGAGCCUCGGAACUACUCGAUUCAGCAGUUGGUGAAUCAUUUUCUCCGUGUGAAGUAAUGCGAUGCAUACAUGUUGGAUUAUUGUGUGUUCAGGAGCAAGCAGAAGAUAGACCAAACAUGGCAACCGUCGUGUUGAUGUUAGGCAGUGAAACCGCGUCAAUGCCUCAGCCUAAGCACCCUGGUUUUUGCCUCGGAAGAAGACCUGUUGAUGAACACUCGGAAACUAUCUACGAAGAAACCUUCACAGUGAAUCAAGUUACGAUUACCAGGCUUGACCCUCGAUAGGUACAGACAGACUGGCUUGCCCACUUGUACGUAA